AUGGCGUCUUAUAUACCAGGCUAUGAUGAAAAGAGGUUUGCGACUACAGUCAAUCGAAAUUUCCUUUGUUUGAUUUGCCUCAAUGUCCUUAAAGACCCGGUCCUGUGUCCGAGAAACCAACAUUGUUUCUGCCGUGCUUGUAUUACGAAACACCUCGAGAAAUCACGAAUAUGCCCUACGUGUGCCGACGAACUGACCGUAGAGAAUCUAGCCGAACCCAAUAGAAUGGUACAAGAUAUUUUAAAUGAAUUAAAUAUUCGUUGUGUUUACAUGAACAGAGGUUGUCAAGCAGUCGUACAAUUACAACAUCUUGACCGGCAUGAGGCUACAUGUGGAUUUACACCAGCCGUUUGUACAAACCAAGGCUGUGGUGAUGCUUUAUUAAACCAGCGUGAUCUUAUUCACCAUGAAAGCGAAAUUUGCGAAUUUCGAAAGUUGAAGUGUCACUCAUGUGGAGAAAUGACAAAAACAUUGGCAGACAUGGAAAAAAAAAUUACGAAUGUCGAGAAGAAUAUGCCGAUAAAUAUAACAAUGGAAACGAAAAUGGCGAAUUUGGAGAGAAAUGUGGCCAAUAUGGAGAAAAAUGUGGCGAAUAUGGAAGCGAACGUGAAGAGGGAUGUCGCAGACAUAAAAACAGACAUGGAAAGAAAACUGGUAGCAGUUGAUUACGAAGUCAGUGGAUUGAAAUCGGCUUUAAUUGAAGGUUUUGAUCAAAUGAAGGAUGUUCUUGUCAAUAUGGAGGAUAUGAAAGGAGAAAAUAUAAGAAAAGUAAGAAAUACAGCAAGUGGUGAUAAGGAUAACAUAAUCGUUGUUGGAGGUAUAGAAACUGACUCUGUAGAGAUGUUUAACUGGCGUAAAAAAACAUGGUCGCCAUUACAGAACAUGCCAGCGAAGCGUUAUGGAGCAACUUCAUUUGUUUACAACAAUCACAUGACACUAGCUGGGGGUUAUUGUGCUGGGUUUGGCUAUGUCGAUAGCAUGACUAGGUUGACUAUUAACCCAAACCCAGAUCUCUCAACGCAUUGGAGUGACUGUCCUAUUAAACUGCCUGCCAAGUUGAUAUACCAUAGCAGUGUGCUGUUUAACGAUAACUUGAUAGUUACUGGUGGUUAUGAUGAUAAUCUGAAUGCAAUAUCUGACAGUAUUCACGAAGUCCUGCUUAUUCAUCCCUAUACUGUGAAGUCCUUAUCAAGAAUGCCAGAACCAAGGCGGAAUCACUGCAUGGAAAUAUUCGGUGACAAUUUGUUGAUCGUUGGUGGAAGUACAACUGGCAGAUACGAAGACAACCUCAGCAGUGUCGUACUGUAUGAUAUGAAGAAGAAUGAUUGUAAACAGUUGGCACCACUGCCGUAUGAAGUGAGUGAGAUGGGAACUGUGAGAUGGGGAGACAACAUCGUUGUUAUAGGCGGCGUUGACAUACAUGGCAGCAUAUUACAUACAGUUAUCAUUUACAACGUCAAAACAGAACAUAGUCACGUGCUACCACCAAUGUGUUAUGCGAGGUUUUUAUGUACUGCAGUUGUUAUUGGAAACAACAUUGUAGUACUGGGAGGUGAGGGAGGAGCGCUAGUAUCAGUUGAAGCUUUCAACUUUGAACGCUAUACAUGGCAAGAAUUUCCAGAAAUGUCUGAAGAAAGAUGGCUACACACUGCUGUUGUUGUGUGA